UUUAAAUGUUUUGUUCUAAUCCAAAUGAUUGCAGGUUAGUAAAAAAAAAAAAAAAUUAAUAUUGACACAUUAUAUUCUCUUGUGUCUCAGCGAAAACCCCUACAGAAGUGAUCAAAUGCUGCGGAUAUUGUCAUCAAGAUUGCCAACCAGAAACAUUCUAAAGAUUGGUAGGAAAGCAAGUAGAGCAUUUUUCACACAUCAGAAUUCCCAAGGUCUCUCACAAAUGAGUACUCAGAACCUGUCAUCCCUAUCAUCAGUGGCAGACUCUGCCAAACAGUUGGUCUGGCUAGAUCUUGAGUUGACAGGUUUGGAAGUGGAGAGUGACCACAUCUUGGAAGCAGCCUGCAUUGUGACUGAUGGUGACUUGAACGUUGUGGCCGAGUGUCCUCUGCAGGUCAUUAACUGGCCAGAUGACAUCCUUAACAAUAUGGCUGAGUGGCCCAAAGAGCACCAUCUCAAGACAGGCUUGACUCAAGCAUGCAGAGAGAGUAAGACAUCCCUUGAAGAUGCAGAGAGAAUCCUACUAGAGUUUCUCAAGAAGCAUGUACCAAAAGGAAAAUGUCCAUUAGCAGGGAAUUCUGUCUAUAUGGACAGAAUUUUUCUUAUGCGAGAAAUGCCUCUUGUUCACAACUACCUUCAUUACCGCAUUCUUGAUGUCAGUACUAUCAAGGAGCUUGCCAGGCGCUGGUAUCCACAGGUCAUCAAAUCUCUGCCCCAGAAACAGUUUACCCACAGAGCCUAUCAAGACAUUCUUGAGAGCAUUCAAGAGUUGCAAGCAUACAGAAAAACUAUUUUCCGUUCUGAAUAGGUUGUCCAAAAGCGACUCACUGCAUAAGGUAUGGCAUUAAGAUGUUAAACUUUUUAUUCACUGUGGCACUGGCAUCCACAGAUCAUUGAAACUCUCUCCCAGAAACAGUGACAGUGCAUUUAAAAAUAUUCAAAAGAGAAUUUGAGUUAGCUAUGGAGUCAAGGUUCAGGUGUGGUCUGAGUGGCUAAAAUGUCAGCAGUUACGGUUUUCUACUGAGGGACAUC